AUGACCGCCGCGCGGCACCUCCGGCGCCUCGCCGGCGCCGCGAUCGCGGCGUCCUCUCCCCAUCGCGCGGCGCUGUCCCGCGGCGCGGGAGCGCACCGCGCGCCUCUCGCCGCGACCGCCGCCGAGCGCGCCGCGACCGCGGGGCCCGCCGGCCCCGCGCCGCGCAUCGCGUCGACGCUCCUCCAACAGUCGCGAUCGGCGUCGCAGUCGUCGUCGGUCCCGCAGACGCAGAGGGGCGUCACCGCUCCGUCCGCGAUGUCCGCGAUGCAAGGUAAGCCUCUGCGAAUGUACAUGGUGUCCCCGGACCUGCUCGUGGAUCCGUAUCGCCCGAACCGCGCGUGGCCGUCGCUGCGAUCGCUCGCGACGAGGCGAGGAUGGAAGCGGCUGUGGCGCGUCGUCACGCGUCCGAUGCACGAGCUGCACGCGCUCUCGAUGUGCACGAAGAUGAUCAAAUCCGGCGCGAACGGCAAAAGCCAGGCGUUCACGAAGGAGGGGUUCCUCGACACCGCGAAGGAGGUGUACGCGGAGGUGAACGAGCUCAUCGCGCGCGGGGACCACGCCAAGCUCCGGCAUCUGUGCUCCGGCAGCGCGGCGUCGCACGUCAAACGCGAGGACAAGGCGCGAUCGCAGGGCGGGUGGGACCGCGUCGAGUGGAAGCUUCUGGAGCACGUGCAGACGCCGCGGGUGCUGCAGGCGCGGCUGUGCUCGCCGGCCGGGGACCCGGCGGUGAGUUGGGCGCAGUUCACGGUGCAGUUUAAGACGAGAGAGACGUUCGCGGCGUACGACAAGAGAGGGAACCUGGUCGCGGGCGACCCGGAGGAGGUGCUGGUGGUCGAGGACGCGUGGGUGCUGGAGCACGGCGUCGGCGAGAGCAACAGCAAGAAGAACGCGCGGUGGCGGCUGGCGGCGCGGCUGCACUUUCCCGACGGCGACGGCUACGGGGCGGGGACGAGCGUCGUCGCGGGCGAGGAAGGCGUCGACGCGGACUACAUCACGAGCCCGAAGUAGUACCUCCCUCCCUCCCUCCCUAGCUAGCGCGAUACCACCUUUACGAUAGCUGAGUCGUGUAAUAAGGAUCGUCGCCGCGAUCGAUUCGGGAAUUUCUUUU